UUUCCGCUUCCGGGCGGAGGGACAUCGAAGAGGUGAGGAUGCUGUCGGUGACUCGGCUGUGGAGCUGCUUCCGCCCUCCCCUCCUCUCCCCGUUGUCCGCCUCCUCUGCGGUGCGCCACCUCAACCCCCCCCCCCCCCCCACAACAGAGGCUCCUGCCAAGACCAAAUACGGCCCGCUGAAGGAUGAGGACCGUAUCUUCACCAACCUGUAUGGCAGGCACGACUGGAGGCUGAAGGGGGCGCUACGGCGGGGCGACUGGUACAAGACGAAGGAGAUCCUGCUGAAGGGGGCGGACUGGAUCCUCGGGGAGGUGAAGACGUCCGGGCUGAGGGGUCUGGGAGGGGCCGGGUUUCCGACCGUCAUGAGGUGGGGCUUCAUGAACAAGCCUUCAGAUGGCAGUCUCUUACUCGGGACCUCAGUGGAUUCACGUCGAUUUUAACUGCGGGGGUCAAUUUGCCAGAAAUGAGCUUUGGUGGAGAUGAGAUCCGGGGCUCCAAGACUCUGCUUGUCGAACCUCCCUCAGCCUGGAGCUGAGACGCUACUGUGUCAGUGUGAGGAGCUCCGACCCACUGUUGCAGUGCACAGGGUGUGGAGGGCAAUAGAAACCUCAAAUAAAACUCGAU